AUGUCACUCAUCAGGUUUUCGAGAGCACAAACGAUACAAACGAUACAAACGAUACACACAACUGAUGAUGUCCCGGAUGUCCCGGAUGUCCCGAACAAUCACACUUGUCAUGAUUUUGAUAGAACAAACGAUAACAAGGCUAUUCAUACUGUUGGGGAACAUGACCGUUCCACCCAACACAAUGCAACCAAAACCGACUUCGAGGUCAUAUCCGCUACUAUCCCCAGCAUUCAACAAAUCCCAACAGCCAACAAUACACUCCCAUCGGAUCCUGUUUCCAAGCUAUGCAAUACUCGAUCCACCAUCAAGGACCAAGCAAGAGUUUCACCCCGUCGGACUCGCAGUAAAGUAGCCGCUGUAGAUGCUGAAGAGGAAGUGCCGAGAGCUGCUGUCUUUCGAAGAACACGUAGUGCUCACACCGCAAAGAAGCGCAAAGGUCACAGUUGA